UAUAGUAUUUUAUUUCGUGUAUUCCUCGCGUCGAACUUCGGUCGUCUCUUCCACGGUAGCGCCGCACUUUGCAAACAGCCACGAUCGUGAAACUCUCCGUUAGAAGCUUCCGCGCUGCAUCAGGUUUCGUCAAGUGUUAAUGGAAUGGAGGUUAAAAAGUUAUGAACUUUGAGAAAAGUCGCAAUGCGCUUAGACUUUUGACAAGGAUUCUUUUUAUUGUUUAGUAAAGAAGAAUGAGUAACAUGAAAACUUUGUCGCAAAAAAGAGAGGUUGAUUCCAUCAUUAGAGAUACCAUUGAUAAGGUUCUCGUCCUCCGCUUUGGCCGUGUCUCUGAUCCUAUCUGUCUUAACCUUGAUCAAAUUCUUUCUAAAGCAGAAAGAGAGGUGUCCAAAUUCGCAACUGUCGCACUGGUUGAUGUUGACUCCCAGGACAUUCAAGUUUAUGUCAAAUAUUUUGACAUUACUUUAAUUCCAUCUAUAGUAUUUUUCUUCAAUGCUCAUCACAUGAAAAUGGAUUCUGGGACUGCAGAUCAUACUAAAUGGAUUGGUGUUUUUCACAAAAAACAAGACUUCAUUGAUGUGGUAGAGACAAUUUUUAGAGGAGCGAUGAAUGGAAAGCUCAUUGUGACUUGUCCUCUCCCGACCGAAAGGAUACCAAAAUACCAAUUACUGUACAAAGAUGUCUAAACUUAUACACCUUGCUGUAGCAGAUUGGGGGCAAUUUUAGAAGCUCUCUUAACCGUAAAUUCAUCUCUUCUCCCUAUCCAUUGAAGAAUCAAGCCCCAGGAAAGAUCUUAGAGCUUUGAUGGACCAUCAUGAUCUCUUCAUCAUUCUAGUUAUAUCUCUCUCUUUACUUUUUCAUGUGAUUUAAGUUUUGCUUUUGAUCCGGGAUGAAGAAUCAUUGUAGGAUUCUUGUGUAAUAUGAAUUAUAUUGCUUCAAUACUAGUUCCAUUUGCUGAUUAAGCAAUUACUUCUA